AUGGAAGGUGCAUUCUUUUCUCUUUUGGUUGAUGGAUCACAUGAUUCUUCAACUAAAGAGCAAAUGGCAGUAGUAUUGCGUUAUGUGAACAAAAAAGGAGAAGCAAUUGAAAAGUUUUUGGGUGUACAACAUGUCACUUCUACAACUAGUAGCUCACUUGAAGAGGCUAUUGAGAGAUUUUUUGCUACAACAAAUUUGACUCAUGUAGCCGUUGCAAAGGGAAUUGAGGGCGUCGCCAUUUUCUUCAACAAUGCUAGUAUCUUGGUCAAUACUAUUGGAUCAUCGUGUAAGCAUCGUGAUGCAUUUAGAGAGAAACAACUAGAACAAAUUACAAAAACUCUUGAUAUUGUUGAUCUUGAAAUGGCUGUGGUGGAGGUGCUUGAAUGGAUUAAAGAUGAUACCAACCAAGACAAUUUCGAAGAAGCAAAUGAGUUAUCACAAGCAUUACAAAAGAAAGAUGAAGAUAUUGUGAAUGCGAUGGCAUUAGUGGAGGUAUGCAAGCAAAGAUUACAAUCCUUGAGAGAUGAUGAUUUUGGGAACUUGCUUGAUGAUGUACAAAAGUUUUGUGAAGAGCAUGAUAUUGUUGUUCCUAACAUGGAGGAUUUGCAUUUCGUACCCGAAAAAUCAAGGCGUAAAGCUCCAAGACUCACAAACUUCCAUUACUAUCGUGUGGACCUCUAUUUUCAAGUCCUUGAUACGCAAUUAAAGGAAUUGAAUGAUCACUUCGAUGAGGUAAACACUGAAUUGCUUCUUUGUAUGGCAUGUUUGAGUCUGGUGAAUAAUUUUGCAUCUUUUGAUAAAGCAAAAAUUGUUCAUCUAGCCCAACAUUAUCCUCAAGAUUUUGAUCGUAUGGACCUCAUAAAUCUUCCAAUUCAACUUGACAAUUACAUUCAUGAUAUGAAGAUGCAUAGUGAGUUUUCAUCAUUGAGAGGAAUUGUGAUCUUGCAAAGGAGUUGGUGA